UUUGAAUUAAAAGUUUGAAAAGCAAUCAAAUUAUGAGUAAAUCUGUGGCCAAGAGGUCGCCGAACGCGUCCAACGUUUGUCUUCCGUUCGCGCAUCCAAUGAAGACCACCGACGGAUCCAUCGUUUGGCCGUUCCUUCAGAAAGGGUUUCCACUCUUCGAGGGAUUCACUAAUUUUGUGGACAAAUGUGUGGACAUUAGAGACGAGACAUCUGUGAUAAGCCUUCACAAUAUGGGGUUCUUUGGCACUGAUCCACACCUGAGAACCACUUAUGAUACGAAACAAAGAGACGAUUCCAGACAAACGGUGGACUCCAGAAGUAGACCUCAAAGGGAUCCCAAGUAUUUAAACGGCAAAUAUGUGUUGAUUGAGACAUCGCUGCCGAUGGCGUUAAGUGAAGAUAUUUUUAGUGAUAAUAAGGGUUCAGAUAAAGCGGACAAAUGUGAUACAAAUCCGUCCACAAGUGCUGCUAAAGACUGCGGAACCGACUCGAGUGAUGAUCAGUCAAAGAAUGUGCCAAAUGUACUGAAAUUAUCAUUCAUGGAGUCAUUCUUCAUAUCUUACGUCUUCGGGUCUUUGAAUGUGAUGAACACCGAAACCAAUAAUUAUCUGACAAUCGAUGACAUGUGGGAAACAUUUGGCACUCAUUAUAGCGAAGACAAACUGGAGUUCGCCGUCCAUUACAGCGCUUACCACUACUUGCGCUCAAAGGGAUGGGUUGUGAGGAAUGGCACCACUUUUGGCACACAUUUCCUGCUCUACAAAGAGGGCCCACAUCUCUACCAUUCACUCUAUUCGGUGAUCAUUCAGUACGCCAUCGACGGUCACUACAAGCAAUCGGUUGAUUGGUUUUAUAUGUCAGCCCUCGUGAGACUCCAGAGGAAUGUCCGCAAAGAAUUGAUGGUUUGUGUGAUCGAUGUGCCCAAAGAUUGUGACAUCUCUUCACCCAAUUGUAUAAAAAACUUUGAAAUCGAUUUUCUAUCAUUCAAUCGAUGGAAUGCCUCAAAAGGAUUGAAGGAUUUGGAGGACGACUGA